UGAAUCUCUAUCCACGUGUCCAUUUCAGAAAUGGCGGUUAAUAACCACCCUUUUCCCGAUCUUGAUUCUUGAAUCUUGAACCUGUGCAGAAUUUCCUAUAUAAGGACUCAUGCGCGCUGGGUUCAAACUCCCAAUGCUAUUUGACAUUUUUAAAGUUAUUGAAAGCGAUUUGAAAGCAAUCUUUAAGCGAUUAUAGUUACUGCAAGCGAUUUGAUUUGAUUUCUGCUCAAUUAACGAAAGCGAUUUUGUUUCACAAUGAGGUUUGGUAGCUAUUCAGCAAGCCAGGUAGUGUGGGUAUUGUCGGCAGCAAUACUCACAAUGUCUGUGGCCGCCUGGAUGGGCAUUGCGAUUUUCCACAAUGGCAGCGGAGGGAAGCUCAUCGACUCCAGCUGCAAGAAGACACCAAUACCCUGAGGCCUGUGUUUCAGCAUUGCAAUCAUCAUAUGAAGGAGCGAAUUCCAAGAAUCUUGCUCAUAUUACUGUGAAGGCGAGUUUGAGUGGAGCCCAAGAAGCAUACAAGGCGACUUUGAAAGCAGCCUCCGAGUUUCCAGAAUUCAUGGCUUUCGAAGAUUGCAUUGAACUGUUCGUAGAUGCUGUGGAUCACGUCAACCGGUCGAUGGCAGAAGUACCUGGCCUGGACAUGAAUCCCUCCAAGUCUCAGAUUGCAAAUGUCGAGACAUGGAUAAGCGCGGCUCUCACUGAUGUGGAGACAUGCUUGGAUGGUUUCAGAGAGACGACAGGGACAAUGAUGGCCAAGGUGGAGGAACAUUGUCGAUCUUUGUCAAGAUCUCUCAGCAAUGCUCUGUACGUGUUCCAGCUGUAUUUCUGGGCGUGGUAUGGGUUUUCUGGGCGUCCUCUGUUAAAUAACCCUAACCCUCACCCUGGGUCUGGGUUUUCUUUUCCUCCGUGGAUGUCCCGGACCGAUCGGAGGCUGUUACAAGUGCCUGCGUUGGAGUUGCAGGUGAAUGCAACUGUGGCUCAGGACGGCAGCGGGCAGUACAAGACCAUUGGAGAGGCUCUCAUGCACGUGCCGUCUCAUGGCAGUGAGCGGUAUGUUGUGUAUGUCAAAGCUGGCGUGUAUGAGGAAAAUGUGCUUCUCUACAAGGAGAAGACGAAUGUGAUGUUGCUUGGCGAUGGGCGCGACCACACCAUCGUUGCAUCCAGCAAAAAUGUCAAGGACGGCUACACAACCUUCGCCUCUGCAACAUUUGCUGCAUCUGGAAAGGGAUUUAUUGCCCGAGAUAUCACCUUCGCCAACUUUGCAGGGCCGCACAAGAAUCAAGCCGUAGCUCUACGUGUGGGAGCUGAUCUUUCAGCCUUUUACCGCACCAUUACUGCUCAGGGUAGAAAUGACCCCAACCAGAACACCGGUUUUUCCAUUCAAAACUGCAGCAUCGUGGCCUCCAAAGAUCUUGCUCCAGUGAGAUCCACUUAUCUUGGAAAGCCAUGGAAACUGUUCUCGCGGACAGUCAUCAUUCAGAGCUUCUUAGGCGAUGUAGUCCACCCAGCCGGCUGGCUGGAGUGGUCGGAGGAUUAUGGGUUGGAAAGGGUGUAUUUUGGAGAAUAUAUGAACAGCGGACCUGGCUCAAAGUUGGUCGGGCGAGUCGGAUGGGGGCUUAUAGGGUCAUUAGAAGAGUAGAGGAGGUCAAUGUUUUUAGUGUUGAUAAUUUUAUUUCUGGGGCUACUUGGUUGCCGUCUAGUGGAAUUCCUUUUGAUCAUGAAUUGUAAAAGCAAGUUCCAUUUCCAUUUAGGUUUUGUUAAUUUUUAUAGAAGGAUUUUAUCAUUGUAAUAUAGAUGUGCUCGACUGAAUAGACAGAGCAUAUAUGCUUCUGGUCUAUGUCAUUUGUUUUAUACUAUACUAUUAUGUGUCUUGGUGGAAGAAACUUUUUAGUUAAAAAUGCUGCCACUUCUUCACUUUUGAUUACGUAAUUUAACGGAGUUUUCAGAUUUUUUUUUUU